GUCUUCAUUUGCAUGGCCCCCAGGACCAGCCCAGCCCAUCAUUUUGCCCCGCUCACUCCUUCGUCUUUGACUGCUCCCCACUAUGUGCUGUAUCCGCCGCCAACCUUUCCUUCGUUUACCCUCGUCCUUACCCAAAAGUCAAACAAUGACGUGCUCGUCAUUCCGUGGACCCCGAUUGAAUAUAUCCAGCCCCAACCAAGGCUCCUUGCAGUUCAGGAAUCGCCUCGUCCUGUCACUCGUCCAGUCGCGCCUCUUCCGACCCCGACGAGGACAAACCCAUUCACUUCCUUGCUCAAAUUCAUCCGCCGUUGCAUCGCUAAUCUGGUCGACAAAGUAAAAACACCCUUAUCUGUGCCACAGCCAUGA